AAAUAUGUAGGCCUCAUAACGUUGCUGUAUGCUGGAACCCCUUCGCUAAAUAGUUCUAAAUACUCCACCUUAAAAGGCAUAGUAAAAAAGUUAGAACAAUGAAGGAAAUCAGCAGGUAACAUUUUAUAUAUAAGAAAUGGAACCUCAGAGACUCUACGCAACGGAGUUGUAGUAAAUUUAGAAAAUGUUAAACGUAUAUCAAAUCACGUACCUAAACAUUUAAAGCCUCUAAAUAAAGAACAAUUAGGAUAUUAUUUAGCAGGAUUAAUUGACGGUGAUGGUCAUUUUAGUAAAACUCAACAAUUAAUUAUAACUUUUAGUUCUCCAGAUGCAUUUCUAGCCUAUUAUUUGAAAGAAAGAUUAGGUUACGGUAAUGUAAGAAAAGUAAAAGAUAAAAACGCAUACCUUUUAAUUGUAUCUAAUAAAAUAGGUAUGUUAAAUGUAAUAAACUUGAUAAAUGGUAAAUUAAAAACAGAACACAGAUUUAACCAAGUAGUUAAUAAUGUAUUAAGUCAUACUAAGUAUACAGAUAUAAAUAUUAAUUUUACUAUCGAUUCAAGUAAAAAUUUGGAUAAUCACUGACUAGCAGGUUUCUCUGAUGCGGAUGCUAGUUUUCAAAUUAAAAUUAUUAAACGUAUUAUCAGAGAUAAACCGGAAAUAAAAUUAAAUUUUCAAAUUUAUCAAAAAAGUGAUUUAUUGUUAAAUAUUAUAAAAGAAUACUUAGGUGGAAAUAUUGGAUAUAGGAAGUCUCAAGAUACCUAUUACUAUGAUUCUACUAAUUUUGGUUCUGCUAAAAAGAUUAUAGAAUAUUUUGAUAAAUACCAUUUACAAUCUAAAAAGCAUAUAAGCUAUUUAAGAUGAAGAAAGGUAUAUAGAUUAAUACAAGACAAAGAACAUUUAACAUAUAAAGGGUUAUCUAAAAUACUAACCAUUAAAUCCAAUAUAAAUCGUCAUAAAUAA